AAGCGAUGCCAGCCGUUCCUCCCCACGCGACUUAACGGGCAGCCCGUGGCAGGGGCGAGCGGAUCCCUCGCCUGGGACUUUGAAAGAGCGACUGAUCCCCGGGUGCAUCUUUAGUGGGGAAUCCUUGAUUUUUUUUUAAUUUUUAUUAUUAUUAUUAUUAUUUUUUGCUCUCUCCAAGAUCUGGUUUAAAGAAGCUGCAAACUUUGACGCUUGGCGCGGGCGCCCCCUGCUGGACACUGCUGGAGAAUGGCUGCCCAAUGACUGCGCCGGGUUCAAAUCCGGCUCUGCGGCCAGCAUGGAGAAGACUUACUCCUUGACCGCUCACUACGAUGAGUUCCAGGAGGUGAAGUACGUAAGCAAGUACAGUAGCAGCGGGGCACUGCCCAACGGCUUCAACUUGCAACUGGGCACCGCCGGAGCCAAGAAACCUCGCUGCGGCCUGCCACGUUGGAGCCGGAGAGAGAUCUGUUUGCUCUCCGGCUUGGUUUUUGCAGCGGGCCUGUGUGCCAUUUUGGGAUGCAUCUUGGUACUCAAGUAUCUGGCUUUGGAUCAGGCGGCCUACUGCUUGGAAGGAUGCCAAGAACGCCGGGCCUUCACCAAGGCUUCUCGGUUCAUCGCCACCAACAUUGAUCCAACCAUUGACCCUUGCAAGGACUUCUACUCCUUCGCCUGUGGCGGCUGGUUGCGCCGGCACGGCAUACCGGAGGACAAGCUCAUCUACGGCACCAUUGCCGCCAUCGGCGAGCAGAACGAGGAGAAGUUGCAACGGUUGCUCCAGCAACCCGUACGGCGUCCUUACCGGGCCUCGGCCGAGCGGAAAGUCAAGGAGUUUUACCGUUCCUGCCUGGAUAUGACCGAGAUUGACCGCCUGGGUGCCUGGCCGAUGCUGGAGGUCAUUGAGGACUGUGGAGGAUGGGAUAUGGGGGCCCUGGGAAAACAAGGCCGGUGGGACUUGGACGAGCUGUUCUACAAGACGCAAGGAGUCUACAGCACCACCGUCUUCUUCGCCUUGACGGUCAACCUGGACAGCAAGAAUUCCUCCCGCUACAUCAUCAGGAUUGACCAGGAUGGGCUGACCUUGUCCGAGAGAACGCUGUACCUGGGCCAGGAUGACGAAAGCGAAAAGAUCUUGGCCGCGUAUGUGAUAUUCAUGGAGCGCCUUUUGAACCUGCUGGGUGCCGAACACGUGAAACAAAAAGCCAAGGAGAUUCUCCCUGAGCAGAGGCUGGCCAAUAUAACAAUCUCCGAGUACGAUGACCUGCGGAGAGAUAUCAACUCCAUGUACAAUAAAGUGACACUGGGAGAACUGCAGCGCAUCACACCCAACUUAAAAUGGAAGCGUCUUCUGGACAGGAUAUUCCACGAGCGUUUUUCGGAAGAUGAAGAAGUGGUCCUCUUAGCCACGGAUUACAUGCAGCAGGUCUCGGAGAUCAUCCAGACGACGCCGAUCAGGAUCCUUCACAACUACAUGCUGUGGCGUAUCGCGGUGGUGCUGAGCGAACAUCUCUCCACUCCGUUCCGGGAUGCCAUCCACGAAUUUGCCAAGGAGAUGGAGGGGGCCGAGAAGCCGAUGGAACUAGCCAAAACUUGCUUGAGUCAAGCCAACAAGCACUUCGGAAUGGCCUUGGGGGCCCUGUUUGUGGAAGAAUAUUUCUCCUCCACCAGCAAGGCCAAGGUGCAACAGUUAGUGGAAGAUAUCAAGCACAUCCUGGACCGGCGACUUGAAGAACUGGAAUGGAUGGAUGAAGAAACCCAGAGAGCAGCCCGAGCAAAGUUGAAGCACAUGAUGGUGAUGAUCGGAUAUCCGGACUUCCUGCUCAACCCCGGAGCCGUGGACAAGGAAUAUGAGUUCGAAGUCCACCAGAAAACCUACUUCAAGAACAUCCUCCACAGCAUCAGAUUCAACAUCAAGCUGUCGGUGAAGAAGAUCCGUCAGGAAGUGGACAAGUCAGCGUAG